GAGGGGAAAGGAGGGGAAAGGGAAGGGAAAAACUUUGCUCUCUUUUCACUGUCAGGAAGACUCCCAGACUACAGUAACCUUGGUCCUCACCCUCAGUAAGCCCAAUACCAGCACCACCGGCUGAGGAGAUUCUGCACACACAUUCGGUCUCAGUUUCUCCAUUGAGAUUCCUUCCAGCUUGAUGGCAAUGGGCUCUUUUUUGUGGUCAUCCCCAGGGGCUCCCCAUCCUCAUUUUGAUAGUCUUUUUUGGUGAAAGGGUGAAACUGAGGGGCAGCUUUAUCAUCACAUCUAGAUUUUGUAUCUCCCAUUUCCUGCCAUGGGCAGUAGCAGGCCACUUCCUAGCAACACACACCUACCUGUUCCCUCGCAGGUCUGCCACAGUCGGACACCACAUCCUCCCCCUCCAGGUCAGCAACAGUUAUCUGUAAUUGAUGCUCUCUCACAAAGGCCUCAUGCAGAUGGUUCUGCAAACUGUGCUGUGCUAUCCGUGCAUGCAAGCACACCUUUGGCUCAACUUCCAGUUCAGCUUGCAAACUCCUUAUCACCGCUCUCAGUGACUCAGUUCAUCACUCAAUUUGGUGCACAACACAUCUGUCUUCCUGCACUGCUAUCACUGUGGCACCUCAAACUCCACAGACAAUGGCCACGCCUUCAGCAGAUCUCAAUCAACGUACUUCUGACAAGUCCUGUAUUCGUUCUGCACUCUCCAUCAGGCUGAACUCGUGUAGACGUGAACAACAUCCACAGAGCUCCUUCUUUGCUCAUUCUCAUCUCUUCAGGAUUACUAGGACCACAUAAAACUUCCCAUAGCCCCAUAUCACGCUUCAUAGCCCCAUAACUCUUCCCACUGCCCCAUAUCAUGCCCUGUAGCUCCACAUCCAACCCCAUAUCCUCAUUGCCUGUCCCAUUCCCCCAGAAAUUGACAUAUUACCCCACGGCCCCAUUUGUGCCCCAUAGCCCUGCCUCAUAGCCCCAUGACUCCACAGUCCAACCCAUAGCUCUGCUAUCACCCCUUAGCUCAUCCUAUAGCCCCAGUUUGAUACCAUGGCCCAUCCGGUAGCCCCGGUAUGACCCCCUAGCCUGCCCUACAGCUCUGUGCCCUUGGCCCCACAGCCUUCCUCUCGCCAUGCUUGUCCUCACCAUCUACGCGCUGACCUUCGCCAUGGGAUUUCCUGCCAACGUCUUCACCUUCCUCACCCUCCUCAUCAAAAUCCGGUGUCACCGUCCUCAUUCCCACCUCACCGCUGCCAACCUCCUCCUCCUCCACCUCACCACCGCCGACCUUCUCCUCCUCCUCUUCCUCCCCUUCAAGAUGGCUGAGGCAGCUGCCAAGAUGCUGUGGCCCUUCCCCACAGUGCUCUGCCCCAUAGCAAACUUCUGCUUCUACUCCAGCAUCUACCUCAGCACUCUCUUUAUGGCUGCCCUCAGUGUGGAGCGCUACUUUGGGGUCGUGUUCCCACACUGCUACAACUGGCGCCGGAGGUUAUUGCGGACGAUGGCUGCCAGUGCCGUCCUUUGGGUGAUGGCAUUGUCCCACUGUUCCAUCAUCUUUGUGGCAGAAUAUCACAGAGAGUUUGGUGUCAAUGGGCCUGAGGCUGAUGGGAAAGGCGGUUUGGGGGUGAAUGGGACCAAGACCUGGGAAUCCGGGAUGGAGAACCCCAGUCAUGUUGACCCCACUGGGCUGAAGAUGGGCAUCUCCCAUUGCUUAGAAGUCAAUGGGUUUGACCGUGGGGGAUUUGGGUUGACCAAACCUGAUGGCUUUCACACCAAUGUCCCCAACACCUCCACUGCUGACGUCACCAUCCCCAGUGGCUUGAAGAUCCCCGGUGCCGACAUCUACAGGAUCUCCAGCCCCAACACCAACCUCAACAACUCCAGCUUCAAAUCCUCGGCCUGCACAACCCCAAACACACCCCACAUCCCCACCACCACCCUGUGGACUUCCCAGAAUCCCUCUGAGACUCAGCGCCACCGGGGCUACCACUGCUACGAUGACUUCUCCCAAACCCAGCUGCAAUUCGUCCUCCCGCUGUGCCUCGAGCUCUUCCUCAUCCUCUUCCUCAUCCCCUCUGCCAUCACCAUGUUCUGCUACAUCCACCUCAUCCAUGCCCUCCUCACUCAACCCCACAUCCCACUGCAGAAGAAGUACCGCACUGUGGGGCUGGCUGUGGUCACCAUGGUCAACUUUGGGGUCUGCUUUGGACCCUACAACAUCUCGCAUGUGGUGGGCUUUGUGCAGCAGCGCAGCCCUGAGUGGAGGCCCUACGCUCUGCUCCUCACCACCCUCAGCGCCGCAAUCGACCCCUUCAUCUUCUAUUGCUCCUCCAGUGCUGUGCGGAGGGCGGUCAGUGGGAUGGUGGGAGCAAUUCGGGGCACAAUGUGUGGGUUUUGGGGUUGGUGUUGGCGGAGACAAUGUGCCCCAACCUGGAGGAGGUUAUGGGGUAAAUGAGGUUGUUGUGAUUGGAGUGGGUUUAAUGGGGUAGGAGGUCAGAAAUGGGGAUGGGUCCAGAUUCCUUGUGGUCAGCGUGGUCCCGCAGACGUGUCCAAUGUUUGUGGGUCAACCAAUUCUUGCUCAGUGUAUCGUUGUCCCAUGGGGUUGGGGUCAGCAUGGAAACAUGGUAGAGAUCACUGGGGUCAAUGAGAUCCCAUUGAUGUGACCAGUGUGGUCAAUGCAGAAUCGUGAGUGUGACUUAAUGUUGUCCCCAAUGUCCAGUGGGGUUGGGAUCAAUGUGGACCAAAGUAUCAGUGUGGACCCAGCGUUGCUUCACCCCCACUGUCCCCAAUUCCUUCCAUGUCCCCCGUGUCUGCAGUGUUCUCAGUAUCCAGCAAUGUCCGCAGUUCCUCCAAUGUCCCCAGUGUCCCCAGUGCCCUCAGUGCCCUCAGUGCCCCCAGUAUUCCCAGUGUCCUGACAGCUGGCAAUAACUUCAGGGCCAUCAGCACUUCAUGGAGAUCCCUCAGCACACGGCCCCUCUCUCCAGGCAAGGCGGCUGUUCCCAGAUCAGAGGACAUCUGCGGCCUCAAAGCAGAGUCCCAGCAGCCCACCGCCAUCAGGAUGUGCCCUGUACCCUGUAGGGCUGAUCAGAGGUGCUAUAACAAGGCAGAAGUGCUAAUUAAAACCUAUUCAGCAGCCAUGUAUUUGUCUGUCACUUCCUGGUCUCGUGGCAGUGACAGCCUGGCACAGCAGUUGGCGCAGCAGUUGGUGUGGGCCGGGCGAGCAGGAGGGCAGAGCAUCGCUCCCCACUGCGGAGAUCAGCUCACCCAUCAGCUGCCUCCCAAACAACACAUCUGGAUGCGGUCUCUACGAGGCUGAAAGCUCUUGCCCAAAAU